AUGAAAAUAGUCCCCGUUCCGGUGUGUGAAUUACGAGUGGAGAAAUUCAGCGAGCCGAGGAGAACACCUGCAUUUAUUUCACUUUCGCUUCUCAUCGUAGCAUGGCUCUUAAACGAAACAGCGCUGGCAUGGAUUCACGAGAAGGUACCUAAUGAUUCGCCACCUCUACCUGACCUUUGGUUCAGCAUUUUUCCGGAGGUACCUGUACCAAGCGUUAAAACAUAUUGUGCACCAAAGACCAAUGCUAGUUUAGAAGUAGUUGUAAAACGAGUAAUGAAAAUUGCGUGGUCAGCUGGAAUCGAACAACUCCGUGCAAGAGAAUUUUGUGGUGACCUCAUUAUAUCGGGACAUACGAUUACGUUGUUCAGCGCCUUAUUAGCUUUCAAGCAAUAUUCACCUCGUAAGCUGAGUCUAUUGGCCCACUUAUAUUCGAUUGCAGCCGUAAUUGCCGUUAUUUGCAUCCUCCUAGCGAGGAAGCAUUACACCAUUGAUGUUAUUUUUGGCUAUCUUGUUUCAAGCCGUACAUUCUGGACGUAUCACUCAAUACAGAAUUCAUAUCAUAACAACGAUAUGGAGAAGAAUGCAAUGAGUCAAUCAUGUUGGUCCUGGGUUGUACCAUAUUUUGAAAAGGAUGCGCCACCACCUCAGCUCUUCAUUAAUCGUCUCAUCUGGCCAUCCAGCUGUCCACAAAGGAUUCGGCGUCGAUGGGCAUAA